AUGGAGCGUUAUGAGAUAGUGAAGGAGUUGGGUUCUGGUAAUUUUGGAGUAGCAAAGCUUGUUUGUGACAAGAACACUAAAGAACUCUUUGCUGUUAAGUUUAUUGAAAGAGGCCAAAAGAUUGAUGAACAUGUGCAAAGGGAAAUCAUGAAUCAUAGAUCAUUGAAACAUCCAAAUAUAGUGAGAUUUAAAGAGGUCUUGCUUACACCUACUCAUCUAGCAAUAGUAAUGGAGUAUGCUGCGGGAGGAGAGCUCUUUGCGAGGAUCUGUAAUGCUGGAAGAUUUAAUGAAGAUGAGGCAAGGUUCUUCUUUCAACAAUUGAUAUCAGGGGUUAGCUACUGCCAUUUCAUGCAAAUCUGUCAUAGAGAUCUCAAAUUGGAAAACACGUUACUUGACGGAAGUGCUGCACCACGUGUCAAAAUAUGUGAUUUUGGGUACUCCAAGUCAUCCGUCUUUCAUUCUCAACCUAAGUCCACUGUGGGGACACCUGCUUAUGUAGCACCAGAGGUCCUAACAAGGAAAGAAUAUGAUGGAGAGCUUGCAGAUGUUUGGUCCUGUGGAGUCACCUUAUAUGUAAUGCUGGUUGGAGCUUAUCCAUUUCAAGAUUCAAGUGAUCCCAAAAACUUCACAAAGACUAUUUCUAAAAUACUCACCGCUCGCUACUCAAUUCCUGAGCAAAUCCAAAUUUCCCUUGAAUGCCGCCAUCUCAUAGCCAGGAUUUUUGUGGCAGACCCUGAAAAGAGAAUAACCAUUCCAGAAAUAAAAAUGCAUCCCUGGUUUUUAAAGAACUUACCAGUGGAACUGAUGGAAGGAGGAAGUUACCAAUGUGCCGAUGUAAAUAACCCUUCCCAGAGCAUGGAAGAAGUUUUGGCGAUAAUACAAGAGGCUAGAGUUCCUUUGCUGGUUGGAACACAUUCUUAUGGGGGCAGUAUGGAACUUGAUGAAUUGGACGAAGCUGAUAUUGAAGAUGUAAUCGAAACUAGUGCUGAUUUUGCUGGUUUACUGUGA